AUGAAGGUCUCUAUGGCUUUGGAGGUCUUAGUUCUCUUUCCUGUCUUGGUUUGGCCUUGUGCUGGGAACAUCGAAGUGGUGAUAAAUUGUUCUAUAGACUGGGUGAUGGUCUUUGUUAGCACACAUUCCAAGAACAGAAUCCGUCCAUAUGUUUUCGCUGAUGAGUUAGUUCUGGGACAGGGCUGUUCUGCAACUCAAAUACAUACAUAUCAAUAUGAUUUUGUCUACCCUGUUCAUGACUGUGGCAUCAGGACAAAGGUUAUCUCAAAGGACACGCUCUGUUUUGAAACUGAGCUGUACUUUAUGCCAAGGAGCACUAGUUGUGAACCUCAGACAAUCCCUUUGCAGUGUUCUGCCUCUCGUACACCAGUGUCUCCUGAUGAGGACCCAAAAGUGGGUUCAAAUUUCUUUAUGGUUGACUUUGAAGCCAUGCCCAAAGAGUUGGGGUUAUUAAAUGUUCACCAAUCUGUUUCCUCCUGAAUAGGAGCUGAGAACAGUGUGGGCAUCGUGAACUUCACUGUAAAACAAACCCCUUUUCAAUAAGAAGA